UCCUUCCCCUCCCCCUCCCGUCGUCCCAUGUGUGUCGCGCUCGGUGUUGCUUGGUUAGUUAGUCGGGUCUCUGUGUGCGCGCGCGAGAGAUCCAUCUCUCUAUCUCUCUCCUCCGACUCCCUAUAUACCCUCCGCUAAACGCGCACUCGUUCGCGCGGGAGAAGUGAUGCAUAAGAAAAUCUCUUGGAUGGUACGUCCCGCGAUACGUGUGUUGGGAUGUAGACGACGGCGACAACGGCAGGAGGAGGCGAUACCUGCCCCGCUUCGUACCUGGUUGCUGGCGUACGAGGACGAGCGCCCGUAUUGGUAGAUGGUAAUCACACAACUCUCUCUCCCUCUCACUCCUCGCGGCGCUCCAAGAUCCACCGCGGAGAACCAUGGCUUCUGGUGCAUCCUCCUUGGACAGUGCUGGAAGUAGCGAUGGUGCACUUAACAUGGAGGGGGAUAGCGGAAGUUAUGGCAGUGUUGGAAGUCCGGUUCGUGGCCCCGAGUGUCGUAGUGCCGAAUUUGACGGUUUGCAGGCUCAAUGUGAUCAAGCGAUGCAUCAGCUUCAGCUACUUAGGCAUAAGCACUCCGAUACCAUAAGACGGUGUGAGCAUACUAUGAAGGAAUUGGAGUAUUAUCGCGGGCAACAUAUAGCAGUCAUGAAUCAACUGGAAGCGACAUCCCAAGAGAGCUCCGCGUUACGGGCGAAAUAUAGUGAUCUUGCAAACGAUAAGCAACGACUGGACCGGGAGGUGCAGACCCUGCAAAAGGAAUUGUCGGAACUGCAGCGUAUACAGAACCAAGAUGUUCUCGUCUCCGAUGCCGCGAGCAACGAUGCUAUGAAUCAACAUUAUCUAUCUGCGUUACGAAAAUACGAAGCGGUUAAGGACGAAUACGAUUCUCUCAGGAAACGAUACGACGACUUGAUUGCGUCGCAUUCCUCUGCAGUAAAUAAGCUAGAGUUAUCGCAAGAGGAAGCUAAGAGGCUCAAGAAACAAUACGACAGCGUCUUGGAGGAGCGUAACAGCGCGAUUCGCGAGCGCAACGGUCUGAAGCAGCAGUGCACCGCCGCGAUUCGUCAGUGGGACAUUGCCUUAAGGGAGAGAAACGAGUAUCGCGAAGCGCUCGCCAAGGUGCAGCAGCAGCACGAGGAGGCGGUCAAGGAGAUCAAUCAGGCAAUGGUGCUGCGCAUGAAAGCCAGCAAGGAUAUGAAACGUCUUACCGAGGAACGAAACGCCGCCUUGCAGGAAUACAGUCUAAUUAUGGGAGAACGGGACACGGUGCACAAGGAGAUCGAGAAAUUGGGCGACGAUCUCACGCAAGCGUAUACAAAAGUCACGCAUCUGGAAACGCAGAAUAAGCAGCUCAUGGAAGAAAAGAAAACGUUGUCUUAUCAAAUCGAGACAUUGAAGAGGGAGAUCGCGUCCGCCUUGCAAGACAGGGACGAAGCUCUGAAAUUAUGCAAUGAGUUACAGCAGAAAUUCGGCGAACGCAAUUAUACCGGCGAAGGUUCCAACAGAGACUAUAAGCAUUGUUUGGAAUUGAACUCGUUUAGUCGUGAACGCGACAGCGUCAACAAAGAAGCGGAGAAGGAGACGAACACGAGGGAUUAUACGACACGGGAUAAGCAACGCAUGGACAAUUUGGAGCAGGCUAACUUGGAGUUGGAUAAACUCAGAAAAACAGUGGAUACGCUACAGGUGGAGCUCGAGGAGGCCAUUCAAGAGGCCGAAGUAUCGAAAAGAAGGAGGGAUUGGGCCUUCAGUGAGCGCGACAAGAUAGUGUUAGAGCGAGAGAACAUAAGAGGUCUGUGUGAUAGAUUGCGAAAGGAACGCGACCGUGCUGUUUCCGAACUGGCUGGCGCUCUGCGCGACUCCGAUGACAUCAAAAAGCAACGAAACGAGGCGUCAAAGGAGUUGAAGGAUUUGAAGGAGAAGAUCGAAUUUAGCGAUCAUGCGCUGCGAACAAGCCAGUUGGCGCAAAUAGAUGAGAAUAAUGAUUGGGAGAUGAUUCCGAUUCACGUGGAACCCGGUAGAAUCUGCUUGGACUCGGAUCGCGACGAUCUCGGAUUGAUCCUCGUCGGCGGCCGCGAUAGUCCGUAUUAUCCAAACGACACCGGUGUCUAUGUCGCACAACUGGCGCAGGGUAGCGCCUUUGAUGGUAAGCUACGGCUAAACGACUGCAUCGUGCGAGUGAACAACGUUGAUUGCACAUCCGUGUCGACGCGUGUAAUCCUGGAGACUUUACGUUCAUCUACCAUGAAUCCGGCGACUCUGAUCGUGAAGCGGCGCCGGAUGACCAGGCGGCCGUUGAGAACUACGCAGUUGUCGAUCGGCACAGUGCCACACGGUAUUACUCUGGAACUUGGAAUUUACAUCUCGAAGAUAUCACCCGGCAGUUUGGCCGCCAAAGAUGGAAACCUCGCCGUAGGAGAUAGAGUAUUAAACAUUAAUAGUAAACCGAUGGAUACUGUUACUACGGCGCACGAAGCAAUGGCAAUUUUAAACGAUGAUACUGUGGACGUGUUAACAAUCACGACAUUGAAGGGUAUUUCGAUACCGUCUGCCGCCAGCUCGGAAACAAUGGCGCUAGAUGGCAGUUUCGCGGAGAAGCAAAAGAUGGUAAACAGCUGCUCACAAACUGAGCAAGAGAGAAUGAUGUUGAAAGCUUCGUCGGACGACUACGAAAGGCGAUAUUUGGCGACGAAUUUUGCCGAUCGAAACGUCUAUAAAGCCGCAAAAUCCGUGAGUGGCGAAAAAUCGAGCGGUAUCAGCAACGCUUGGGACAACUUCCGGGAGAAGAUUGACAUAGUACGAGGACGCAAGCAUAGUAAGGAGCGCGACGACAACAACAAGAAGAAGGGCCACCGCAAUUCUAGUCCAAAUACGUUCGAGCAGGAGCAGGACGCGAUAGCGGAGCUUGAUUCGGUGAUCGACAGCUAUCACAAGAAGGCGAGCAACAGUAACAACAAUAACGGUGUACUGAAACGCAGCAAGCGACGCGGCACAGAGAAGGUUGAGAAGAACGGCGGCACAUGGCCGAAGGCGCGUGGUGUGCCCCUCAUCCAGAAUGGGACCGUGGAGACGCCGCUACCGACCUUCACCAAGACCGGACAGCAGCUCUUUAAUCAGAAGUCGUCAUCGUUCACUCCGGCGGUGCAGUUCAAGGACAUCCCGAUCGACGGCGGCAGCAAGAAGCCACCGUCGACGGAAUUCGAGAGCAGCGCGUCAGAGACUGGACGACUCGGUUCCGCGCUGGCGCCGUCCGAGACUAGCAUCGACUUCUCGGUCAAGUCCGGCGGCGUCGGCCGCGAUCUCGACUCGUACUUUGCGAACAAACGACCGCAGAAGUAUACGACCGGCGGCGGUAGCAGCAGCGAUACGCAAGUGACAACGGACACGCUGCAGCACAAUCGCGUGCGCUCGCAGCUUUAUUCAUCGGGUAUUGGCGGCUCGUCUACGUCUGCCGCGUCGACCACCAGCGGCCCGGCGUCGCGCCAACAAAUGGCACCCGGUAACUUUCCGUUUCCCCCGUAUCAUCCGUACGCCACAUCGUCGCACUCCCAUCCGCAUUCUACGCAGCACCAGAAUCACUCCUUACCCUUGCGGUAUCCAUCGCCGCCGUCGCUGCCAUCCGCGCAGUCCGGCGAAUCGAUAGGCCUGCCUGACGCACGUACCUACUGUUUCGAGCCCCCGUACAGCCCCGGACCGGGUUUGCAGACCACAGUGACCCCGGUGACCACCUUCAGCCAUCUGCACACUCCCUCUGUAGAUCUGCACUAUCACAAAUCGCGCGCACUGACGCUCGGUAUACCCUGCGACACCCCCACCUACGGACACGGAUACGAAGGCGGUACUUUGCCGGGUCGAAAGGAAGACCAGCGCAUCCGAAUACCGUCCAACACCAGCGUCACGUCCAAGAGCAGCGUCGGCAAAUUGUCCACCGGUAGCAUAGAGAGAACGUCGGAGCGAGGCAGUCCGAUGCCAACAUUUCACGUAGAAGUGUUGAGCCCGGGCACUAGCAGCACUAGUGGGACCGAGAGCAGCAGUGGUACUGUGAGAGGAAGCAGUCAGCAUAAACGCGCCAGUAUGCCGGAUUACUCUUACUCGCAGUCAUGUCCGGCGCCCGGCGAACUGCGCAGAGUGCACAUAGACAAGUCCGUGGAACCGCUGGGCAUUCAGAUCUCAUGUCUGAAUAGUGGCGGUGUGUUUGUCUCUACCGUGUAUGAGCACAGCCUGGCAGCGCAGGUCGGCCUGCAGACUGGCGACCAGUUGCUAGAGGUUUGCGGCAUCAACAUGCGGAGCGCAACCUAUCAGCUGGCCGCCAACGUUCUACGUCAAUGCGGUAACUCGAUUACAAUGCUGGUGCAGUAUAGUCCGGACAAAUACACCGAAUUAGAGGCGGGUUCGUCCUCGAGUUCGUCAGAAGCCGCCGAUGGAGCCGCGGCCGGAAGUCGCAGCGGUUCACCCACGCCGUGUAACAGUCCGGAAGCGCCGCGAAAGAGCGUGAUGGAAACGUUGGAGCCUGAGGUACCGGAACGCGACACUACUACUAUUACCAUCACCACCACUGCCGCCGCCGCCACAGCCACCGCCAUCACUACCGCUGCACCCGUCAUGAGUACGCUACGCGUCGAGCGGGACAUGCGACCAUCCGCCUCAUUGGAUGUGAGGAGCACGCAAGAACGACAGCGUGAGAUGCGACCGUCCGCGUCGCUGGACAUCAACAUUCGCAAGCCGGAACUACGCAGUGCCGCCACACUAGAUCGUUUGAGCCGCGCGCAGUUGCAGCGGCAAACUGCGAUGAGAAGUCCCACGCAGGAGGAGCUGAACCGGAAACCACCACCGCCAAGCGGCGAACCUAGAUAUCUGCUGAUCGAAACCAGGAAAUGCUCGAAUCUCGGUAUAUCGUUGGUGGGCGGAAAUGGCGUCGGUAUCUUCGUGCAUUCUGUUCAACCGGGUUGUCUUGCCGAGGAAGCCGGCCUAUUUACCGGCGAUAGAAUCCUGGAGUACAACGGUGUGGAUCUGAGACAAGCGACCGCUGAGCAAGCCGCCCUCGAGUUGGCUCGACCGGCAGAUAAGGUGACGCUAGUCGCCCAAUACAUGCCCGAGCGGUAUAACGAGGUGAAGGACAAACCGGGCGAUAGUUUCUACGUGAAAGCGUUGUUCGACCGAACCGGCGAGGUGGGCGAUAGCCUGCAACUGCGUUUCAACAAGGACGACAUUCUGUAUGUGGAUAAUACUAUGUUUAACGGCACGCCGGGCCAUUGGCGUGCUUGGAUAGUCGAUCAGACUGGCCGUAGACAAACUUGCGGGAUAAUCCCCAGCAAAUUUAAAGUUGAAGAAGAGUUCCGUAGCAAUACAAGCGCGAGGAGAAGCUUUUUCCGACGGAAGAAGCAGCAACCACGUUCGUCCAGCAGUAGAGACAGUACCAAGGAACUGUCAUCGCAUCUCACCGGAGUCAACUUGGGAUGGUACAGCGAUAGCGGGACGUUGAACGAAGAUACUCUUCCGGCUAGUUAUCAGCGCGUUGAGAGGCUCGAUUAUCCCACUUUGAGACCUGUGCUGAUAAUCGGUCCACUAAGCGAAUGCGUAGUAACGAAACUUCUGCAGGAUUAUCCGGCACAGUUUACUAGAUGUCUAGCGGAAGCAAUGCAUUGUUCGCAAUCGACUUUGGAGCAAGGCUUGCGCGAUUCGCUCUACAUAGAUUACAGAAAAAAAGGCAGCUACUUUGAAUGCACGACUGUACAAGCCGUUAAAGAUAUAUGCGAGAAGAAUACACACUGUAUUUUGGAUGUGUCGAUGGCUUCCAUCGAGAGACUUCACAGACAUCAAAUUUAUCCUAUCGUUUUGUUGAUAAAAUUCAAGGAUAGAACACAAAUUAAAGAGGUAAAAGAUUCCAGAUAUCCGAGCGACAAAAUCAGUACAAAAGCCGCGAAGGAGAUGUUUGAGCACGCGCUCAAGAUAGAAGCAGAAUAUAAGCACUACAUCUCUGCCGUGAUUCCGGCGGGUGUGAGCGUGGCGUAUAUAUGCACGCAAGUGAAAGCCUCAGUAGAUGAGGAGCAAAGCAAAGCGCUGUGGGUUCCUAGAGGGGGUCCCUGACACAAAAGGGGGGGUCCCCACAAGCCGCAGUGGAAGUCAAUCUAAAUUCCACCAGGGGGCCCUUACGUCGUGCACAUAUGCAAGAAGAUUUGCUACGCAAAAUCAAUUAUAUUAUUUAUGGUCUCUUAAUUUUUCGGAGGAGGAUGCGACGCAGUUAAGAAAUCCUCCGCUUAACGAAGAACUUUUAAUUGUGCUAAUCGCUCAAUUGGUUGUGAUAAUAAGAGUUUCUACAAUCCAUUUUGCUUUAGCGCAUUUAGUUCGUUAAAUUAUCGCAGUAUGAAACAGGUACGUAGGCGUAUAUUUCAAUUUCUGUCGCAUUUCUUUAAGUUGCUACUCCAAACACUAAAUUAUCAUGUCGUGAUUUAGUUAUGUGGAUUUGUCUUGCACUAUCCACAUCGCUAAUCAAUAUAUAUAUAUAUAUAUAGUUCAUCCGUAUAUGUGUGAUUAUCAGAUCUAUACUUAAAGUGUAUAAAUUCAUACUGAAAGAGAUUAUUUUUCCUUCACGUUCUUUCGGAAUUGAUUUUCUUGAAAAAAUAACCAGUGAAACAUUAUAUAAUUGGUGCUUGUUUUUUUUUUUUU